AUGGCUAGUGAUAGCGACAGCAGCAGCAGCAGCUCGGCAUCCAGUGCUUCUCCCUCAGCAGCCAGAAAAGCUCAGCAAACCCAGGCUUCAAAAAAGCGCAAGGCGGCUGAGGCCCGGAUGUUACCGAUCCUCGACACCGGUGGCUGCUCUGAUGCAGCGAGCACAGAGGGGGAUGAGAAGUGCAUCGCGUGGGGAAAAUACAGAAAAGUGCAGUCCGCCUCUGGCGUGGUCCGGGUGCCAGUAGGAGCCUCAGACGGAAUCUGCCGAAACGUCUAUCGCUUGUUGGGCUUCCCCCACAAAUAUGGUUCGCAGGCAGAGUACCUCAAGAAAGUAGAAGCUAAGCAAGUGGAUCAUGAUGAGUUUUUGAAGAGUCGUGCAGAGUACGUGAAAAAAAUGAAGAAAGGUGGCCAGGCAGGGGCUCGCACCAAGAAGCGUGAAAAGGAGGACUUGAAGACCGCCUCUACCUUAAAGACGGUGAAAGAUACGGGCGUGAGAUUCGAAGGUCCCUUGAUGCAGUUCAUCGAUAUCACCCAAUGGGAUGCCAAGGAGGACGGCGUUCUGGACGAGACCAAAAUCGUGGAAGAGGCAGGCUUUUUGUCGCAGGAGAUCAACGGUGAAACCGUCAAAGGAAUCUACAAGAUGAGAGGAAGAAGGGGUUGUUAUGAUGUCAGGAACUUCGACACGAAAAAGGCCCGGACGGAGACGGAAGAACACUCCAAGAAGGAUUCGAAAGCCAUGUUCGCUGACCAGGCCCUCGCCAAUAAGAAAGUGGCCAUACAGGCGGCAUUCACUGAGACUCAUCAGGAACGUGUCUCCAAGGCUGUUGAGGCAGCUCCCACGUCUUAUGAUGCAGAGGGCAUCCUGGCCCUGUUGCAAAGCUCUGUUCUUGGAGGAAAUGCAACAGCGGCCUCCGGCCUGGCAAAACCUGCAGACAACGACCAAAAGGAGUCGGAUGGUUCUGAUGAGUCAAAUGCAGAGCUGGAUGAGUCAAGUUCCGAAAGUGACGAUGAGGGCAAAGCUCAGGAACGUUUGCAAAGCUUGGCAGGAAAGAAGAAAGCUAAAGCGAAAUCUCAACCGAAAGCCGCUCCCAAAGCAUCGACCGCGAAGGCAGGGCCAACAAGAUCGACAGUUUCAGUCUCAUUGCCACCAGUGGAAAAGACACAAUCGCAGCAGCCGUCUAAAGCAAGCGCUCCGAGCCAGCCAGCGAAGAAGCCGAGUUCCGAUGAUUUCGGUGCCGUCGCUUCGCCAGCAAAGACGUUGAACUUGGACGGUCGUGGCAUGAGAUUGAAAGACAGCCUCAAGAAGGAGCUUGCGGAGCUCAAGCUCAAGUUCGAGGGUCAGCUCGGUUUUGGAAAUGACUACAACUUCUUGGACAAGAAGGAGCAUGCCGCCCGACAGCGGUCUUUGACCGGGGUGUCAAAUUCCGUCCAGAACUCCAUGCGUCGUAUUGAGAACAGUCCAAACAAAGUCUCUUUCGAGUCGGAGAUUGAGGGUUUUGAGUCAUUGCGGUCGCUCGUCCAACAUGCUUUGGACUUGAACACGGCCUUGGCUUCGACCACUGGCGGUCCCAAAGCCAUUGAGGAUCCGUACGAAUGUUUGAAAGAGAACGGGCUCAUUCGUGUUGGAUCCUGUUUUUGGUUUAAGCUCUUGGAGUGCAAAUUGAAUGAGAAGAUCCUCUUCAAAAACCUUUCGGAUUAUGUUGGCGUGCUUUGCGAAGACAGCAAAGAGGAGGACGUGUUGAAAGAUGGGUCCUGGGGGCGGAACCAGGCUAGGAACCUGGCUUCGGAAGUAUGUGACCAGAAGAGCAACAGCCUAUUUGAGAAUGUCAUAUUCACGUGCGAGCUGACCCGUGAUCUGCUCGCAGAUGAUAUCUCGGGAAUGGCCAGUGCCUUGGAGAGGUUUGCAAAAGUGGCAGAGGAGGAUGUCUUAGAGGAUGGAGUCCUCCAAUUCUUCCAGAAACACAAAAUCGGCAUGCAGAUCAUCUCCCAAUGCAAGGCCCAGGUGGAAGCCGGACAAGCCCAGCUCCAGGAAGAGCUGCAUGUGAGCAACUUGGAAGCGGCCCUGAAAGAGGUGAAGGACUUUCAAGGCGAAAUGACCGGUCAUGCCAUCUCCGAUGUGGUCGCACAUUUCUGGAAGCUGAAACAAUCCAAACAAGAAUCCAAGCUUAUGCAGAAGCACAAACUGAGGGUUCAGAGUAUCAUCAAAGAGUUUUGGGAGGUCCUCACCGUGGCAAUCCAGAACAUCUUGUCGAGCACGAUGUGCUCAUGUAUUGAAGAUCUUCUUCAUCGGCUGGAAGCCGAAAACACUAAAGAGGAAGUCCAAGAGUUUGACUUGGAAGAGACGUUGAAGACAAUGAGGUGUUCGGAUAUCCUUCAUCAUGACUUCUGGAGCGACGUUGGGUUGAAGAAGUUGCCCCAAUCCUUGACGCAGCUUUUCGACAGCUAUGCCAAGGCGUGUGACACCAGCGGGCCACUCAUCGAGUAUGUCUUCGCCAAGAGCAAGAUAGGGCAGAUAGGGACUACUCGCAGUAUGAAAGAUCCGACGUCUGAUCUCCUACAUGAAUGGACCUCGUGUGAUGUGCUCGUCUGUGCUUUUGUGGAUGAGCAGGGUAUUCUUGAUGGUUUCAGAACGACUUUUGUGAAAGUCGCUCAGAAAGAGCUUCAUGACAAAGCCAUGACAGCCUUCCAGGAUGUAGGUCGCAUGAUUUCGAGUUGCAUAUCAGCGGUCUCAGACCUGGAGGCUAUGGCAGGACAGUUGGCGGAGGUCAAGGAUAACACAGCAGCACUCGGAAAGAGUGGAUUGUGGCGUCUCGUGCUGCCGUCGUUCCUCAAGGUUGCGUCUGAUACAGUGGCUGCCGUGAAGAAGGAUUCCACUUUGGGAGAUCUUCUGGCUGCCUUGGAGUCUCAAGACGCAUGCUUGUCUAAUGUUCAAGCAGCAGCCCAGCGAUAUCAGAAAGAGUGGGAACUAGAUCCACUUGGCAAAUUUGCGGCCACUAGGCUGGCGUCUCCUGAGUUCGAAUCUUGGGUGAAUGGGCUCGGAGACAAGAUCACCGAGAGAAUCAUGCAGAAAGGAGGUGAGCAGCAACAGUCUUUGAAGAAGUUGCAGGAUAGAGGAAACCAGCUGCUCGGCAAGAUUCCCGAAUUCUGCCCCGCAAAUGAGGAAGAGUACAGGAAAGCCAUGGCCAUGCUCCACGAGGCCUAUGCUUCUUCUGGCAACAGUUUGCGGAAAACUGCUCAAGAAGUCUUGAAAGCUCACGGUAUUCUGCAAAAGGUUCGUUCCAGCUCCGUGAAUAAUGAUGGUGUUGGUGCGGCCUCUGGCCUGGCAGCAAAUCUGAAAGAAUGGCAGUCCAUAGCCACGAAUGCCCAAGGCCUCGGGCAGUGCCUUGUGACUCAUCUGACGGUUUAUGCCAUGGUGACAGUCCUCCGGGCACCGGUGAUGGGCAGCAAGUCCGACAGCGGAAAGAAACUGGUAGGAAAGACUCUGGGAAAGUGUGCGGUGGAUUUCCCGAGCCUGUGGGAGAAGUGCAAGGCUAAACAAGAUGAGGAGAUGUCACGGCAACGGAAUCUCUCCACGAGUGAAGGAGACGGCACUCGUGGACGCGUGCAGCAAGGAGCCACACCCACCAGACGAGCCAGGCAGAAAACUCCGCCAGCAAGGGAAGCCACACCCGACAAGACCCAAGCGACCCAGGCAUCUCAGGAGCAUCCGAUCCCGGAUCCAUCCCAGAAAUCAUCAACUGAAGCCGUGGUUGCACACGAGGCCAAUCCACUAUCGCCCACAUCCGAAGGCAAGAUGCUUGAGCAACUCCAAGAGUCUCUCGAGGCAGAUGGCGACAAGGGCGACGGCAACACGUCUAUCGACGUCCGCCCCCCGCCAGCUCCCCACGAAGCAGCUGCAGAGCCAACAGCCGGCCAAGCCGAGAAGAACGAUGACGAACUUAGCAGCUCUUCUAGUCAUUUUACGGUCAGGGUAACGAGAUUCAAAGCAGUGAAGAAGGAAAAGCCAGAGGAGCCCGGCCAGACGCCCCCCGAGGACGACAAGAAGAAAGAUACGAAAGAGAAGAAGGAGAAGAAGGAGAAGAAGGAUAAGAAGGACAAGAUCAAGAAUGAUAAGAAGGAACACAAAGACAAAGACAAGCCUGACAAGAAGGACAAGAAGGAAUCCAAGGAGAAGAAAGAGAAGAAAGAGAAGAAAGAGAAGAAGGAGAAGAAGGAGAAGCAGGGUAAGAAGGAGAAGAAGGAGGGGAAAGACAAGCAGGAUCAGGAUCAGGCUAAGAAAGAGAAGAAAUCCAAGAAGGAUAAAGAAGAUAAAAAGGACAAGAAGGAUGCUAAGGAGAAGGAUCACAAAGAGCAAAGGUCGAAAUCCAUGCCCAAAGAGCCGAAGCGAGCAAAGCAGGAGCCAAAGGCAGCUGCUGAAGAAGCCCCCUCGCAGCCUGAGGGCCCUGUUGUUGUCCCGGCUCGCGGCGGUCGUGGUCGCGGCGGUCGUGGCGGCCGUGGCCGCGGUCGUGGUGUUGUCGAAGAAGGCCAAGAACAAGAACCAUCAGCAGCAACAGCAGAAAAGGCCAAGCCGGGAAAGGGCAAGGGAAGAGGAAAAGGCAAGACCAGAAAGGAACCCGUGGCAAGCGGCAUGGGCCUGGCGAAGAUGAUGGCCAAUCGGAACUCGGCAUGA